UCACUCGCUGCUAGUAUGACGUGCUUUUGCUGUCGUCGUCUCUGAUCGGUUGGCGCGUGAUGUGGAAAACGCUUUCCUCCACCACCCCCACCGACGGGAACGCAGUGAGUUUUCUUUCCGGUUUGCGCGUAUCGUUCCGUCAGGCGUCAGUCAGUCAGUCAGUUGCUCGUGAACAGUGGAAUCGAACGGGCGGAAGUGUAGUGUUUCGGGUGAUCUCAGUAGGAUGUUACUACUGAUCCUUGGUAGUAAGUGGAUAGCUCGCUUUCUGGAUGGACUGGCGUUGGAUGGAAAAGUUUUGAAUUAUUUAACCCGGGAGGAAGUUGGCUCCUUCCGUUGUGACACCGAGGAUGUGUAUUUGGCCGUGUAAUUUAUGUGAAAAGUUUCGAUACCGUGGAUGUGAGUCUAUGUGAGAAACAAAGCCCGAAGGUAGUGGUUAGAAACAAAGAAGUGCGUUGCAUACCGAUAACGAAAGUGCUCCCUGAAGAGUUCAGAUAGAAUAUUAGAUAUGCAGUGUGGUGAAAAAAAUAACUUCAACAGUGAGUUUUAGUUGUGCAAACCCGACGAUCAAUUGUGCCAAAAAUAUCAAAGAAAAAAAUAUUCAAACCUUUCACACUGGAUUGGCUUGUUGGCGCACCACAGUCUUCAAGUAGAGUUAAAAGGCAAUUCAGCAGUUACAUCCAUGGUUGGACAGUAAAAUCGCUUAAUUGAGGCUAAUUCGACAAAAAAAAAAACCGGAAUCAGUCCCCGUGGUGUACUCCAACCGGACACCCCUCCACAGAACACAGGCCGUUGUGGGAAAGUUAAUUGAAGUUUUCGCCAUUUCCUCGGUUACUGGUUCUACCACGCAGCAGUACAUUCCGGUUGCGGUUUUGCGGCACUGGAAUAACGGCGUGGAGCGACGGUAAAACAAAUUAAAAAGUCGUCCCACCUACGCCUCAACAUCGACCCAACGGCAGCGGCGGAAAAGUUGAAGUGUUCAUGUAUGUAAUAGGUUUCACCGCGAACGGCAAUCCCUCGGCUCAUCGUAGUCGAAGUUCCGGGAACAAAAUGACAACAAAAGUGAUUAAAUCAAAGAAAAUCCAAUGAGAAGAUUUGGCGUGCCCAAGCGCGAGUUGCUGUAUCCAGAGGAAAAAAAAUCCGGUCUCCGAUAUUGGUUUAGCUGGUGGGUAACUGUUCGCGAUAGCGGGUGCUGGGAAACGACCCCUCCCAUCUUCAUCCGUGUGGAAGUGAUUCCGAAGUAGGGAGAAAGGUGAUCCGGUGAACUUAAAUAUUCGCUGCGGUGGUUGUGCAGGAGUAAAGUGGAAAAUGACUGAGAUGUUACGGAGCUGUGGUUGCUUUCAGCGCACUCGGCGUGGGUCGAGUAUCGAGGAUUCAUCCUCCUGCCGAUCGUCGGAGAUUGAACGUGGCGGGGAAAUUACGCCGCACAGUGGCAGUCUGCUGAAGCUGUUCACCUCGAAGGGCUGGUACCGGCAGUGGCGGAAAACCGGUCGCGGUAUGAGCAUGACGAAGAUUGAACGAACUAUGAAAGCUGCCAUCCUGAUACAGCGCUGGUACCGAAGGUUUCUGGCACGGAUCGAAAUCCGUCGCCGCUACACGUGGACCAUCUUCCAGAGCAUCGAAUACGCCGGGGAGCAGGACCAAGUUCGGCUGUACAACUUUUUCAACGCACUUCUGACGCACAUUCCCGAAACUGCCGGACGACCGAUCGAUUCGCGAGAAACAUCCCGGUCGUCAUCCACGGAAGCACUCGAUUUCAAGUUUUCCGACGAAUCGGAUGACCUUGCCGACGAAGGUAUCACCGGUCCGGAGCGAGGGUACCAGGGACCACAUAUAAAAUUUCCGCUAGAUAAAAAGGAGCUGGAGGUGAUAAUCGAUUUGUUUCGGAAGAAGAAGAACCGAUUGCACGCGAAAUAUGUGGCCGGCAUUUUGCGGGAGGCGACAUCCAAGCUGAAAAGGCUGUCGAAUUUGAACCAGGCGUCAACGGCAAUCUCCAAACAGGUGACCAUCUGUGGGGAUCUGCACGGGAAGCUGGAUGAUUUGUUGGUGGUUUUUCACAAGAAUGGACUACCAUCUCCGGAGAACCCGUACGUAUUCAACGGCGACUUCGUUGAUCGGGGUAAAAAGGGACUGGAAGUGUUUCUGCUGCUACUGUCCACAUUCCUGGUGUUCCCGGGAGGCGUGUUUUUGAAUCGCGGUAACCACGAAGACACUGUCAUGAACGUACGCUACGGAUUCGUCCGGGAAGUGCACCAGAAGUAUAAACACAACGCCGAAAGACUGCUGAAGCUAAUCGACGAAGUCUACCGGUGGCUUCCGCUGGGUACCAUAGUUAACAACCGCGUGCUGGUAGUGCACGGCGGCAUUUCCGAUUCCACCGAUCUCGAUCUCAUUCGUAGCUUAGACCGUGGGAAGUACGUCUCACUAUUACGACCACCAAUCACGGAAAGCUCUGCUCCAGGAGCGGAAAUCAUCGACAAAGUGGAAUGGAAACAGGUUUUCGACAUCCUCUGGAGCGAUCCACAACACAACGAAGGCUGCCGGCCCAACUCGCUCCGUGGCGCCGGUACCUAUUUCGGUCCGGAUGUGACCAACAAGUUCCUACAACGCUACAAGCUGCAGUAUCUGGUACGAUCGCACGAGUGCAAACCCGAUGGGCACGAAAUUAUGCACGGCGGAAAGGUCAUCACGAUAUUUUCCGCCUCCAACUAUUACGAAAUUGGCUCCAACAAGGGCGCCUACCUCAAGCUGGAUCCCCAGCUGGAUACCCAUUUUGUGAUGUACACGGCGGCGGCAUCCAAGACACGCAAGCUGACCUUCCGGCAACGGGUCGGACUGGUGGAGAGUUCGGCACUGAGGGAACUGGCUGCACGGUUGAGGGAGCGCCGGGUAGAAUUGGAGCGCGAGUUCGUUUCCCGGGAUGAAGCCAAGUCCGGUAUGCUAACCAUUACGAAGUGGUGCGAGGCGAUGGAAGCUGCCACCAAUCUGGGAUUGCCUUGGCGAAUGUUGAAGGAUAAAUUGGCCCCGGUUGAUAAUCCAACGGCCGCAACAACCGCAGCAACCGUCACCGAAGUUUGCUACCGGAAAACGCUCCAUCUGCUGGAUACGGAUUCGUUCAAAUCCGCCCAGAACGGAACGACGUCGGUAGCAGAAUCACUCUACAAAAACAAAAGCAGCUUAGAAACCAUCUUUCGAAUACUGGACAAGGACAACUCCGGCCAGAUUUCGCUGGAGGAGUUCGGCGAGGCUUGUGAGCUGCUGAAGAAGCACUUCCCGCACAACACCCACGAGCAGCUGCUGGACAUGUGCAAGAUGAUGGACAUCAACAAGGACGGUCUGGUCGAUCUGAACGAAUUCCUGGAGACGUUCCGGCUGUGCGAGAGUGCCAAGGAUCAGCUGCUGAGCAGUUUCCAGGAAUCGGCACAGGCCGCGGCAGAGGAGAACGAUAGCGACCCUAAGGGUAAGGAGGGUGGUUCAAGGUCAGAUAGCACCCGGCAGAACGGGGAUGCCAAACGUAGUAGUAGUAGUCGAAAGCGAGCGGGUGGUAAAAAAUUUGAUUCUUCCAAAACAGCCGAAGACUCGGAAGAUUACGAAGAUUAUGAAGCGAACGAGGAAAACCCGGAAAAGGACCAGAAGAAGCGAACGGUAGUGGCGGCUACUAGUGCAAACGGUACGGUAACGGGUUUGGCACCACCGGCUGGGAAAGGGGAGGUGGAGGGUGAAAAGACCUAAGCUGAUGCACGGCCGAUAGUUUUGGUUGCUUUCUUUUCCAGUCUUUUCUCUAGUGAAGGCUCGGCAUUUCGAUUUUUGAUUUUUUGCUGGAACUGGUAGGAUUGGGUUUCAUUUGGUAGUGCAGUGAGUUUGCAUCGGAAGUUUUAAGCUAAGCGCAUUUGUGUUUGAAGAUUUUGUUUUAAUGGAAACAUUGCAUACAUUGCAUUUCAACUCGUUAUACGAGUUGGAAUCCCCAAUUACCCACCCGUUUUUUAAGUUUUUCAAGCUUCUAUGGUAUUAAUAACUAUAUGGGGUUCAAACAGUCCUGCAGUCUUGGUUGCUUCAUACUAUCUAUUAAGGUGCAUCACUUUACUACGGAAUUUAAAACUGGUUUUAAUCAUUGACCAUUUAACCAAACUUUUAUAGAAACGAAUGUCCAGUACUAUUUUCAAAGAAAGUAGGCAGAUGAACAUUUGCAAAAUGCAUACAUUCUCAAAUUUGAAAAGUUUUACCAUGCUUUGAAAUUUAGUAAAAUAUUGUACAGCAUAAUAAGCUUUGUAACAUUUUAGUAUGAAUAUAGUUAACCUUACGAAUUUCAAAAAAAGCAUCAAAACAAACUUGACCAGACAAACCAGAAUGAAACUCUAACACAUUUCAGAAUUCAAGUGAAUUUUACAAAGCAAGAAGACCUUUGGAAAGCUCGAAGUUAUAGUUUACUUCAACUAGAACAAAAUUAAAUAUUUUGAAAAGCUUUUCAAGCUUUUUAUGCAUUAGAAUAAACCUAGUUAAACUUCCGAAAGUUAUUUCAUGGUUUCGAUUACUUUUUUUGAAGAGUUGGAAAGCCAUUUCCAAGCCAUUUUCACGGAUUUAAAGAAUUGUAUUUUUUGUGCUUUGAAAUUUUUCCCAAGCCCUAGACAACUUAAGAAAGCAACAAGCUUUAGAAUGCUUUAGAAAAAUAUUUAGCAUUUUUUUGUAAAUCUUUUACCAAGCUUUAGACAGCUUUUUUAAUAUUUUGGGAAGCCUUUUUCUGGUUUUAAAAUGAUUUCGGAAAUUUUUCAAGCAUUCGAAAGCUAUUCAUGCGUGGGAAAGCCUUACAAGCUUCGAAAAUUUGUUGAAGCUUUGCUAAGUUUAUUUAAAGAAACAAAAAGUUUUAUUCAUG